AUGGCGAAGUCAGUAACCAGCGUCGAACCCGCGCCCGAGCAGCCGGCGGCGGCGCCCCAGUUGUCGCUGACCGACCACCUGAUCGAGGCCUUCGAUGGUAAUACCGAAAAGCCCGUCGACGACCUGCCAGUGCUCCCCGCUAACGCGGGCGGCGAACCGGAAUCCCUCGAAGACAUCAACCGGGGGUGGAAGGACUACUUGCCCAUCUCGAUUCUCUGUUGCAUGAUCGCCUUUGGCGGGUUUGUGUUCGGGUUUGACACAGGUACCAUCUCCGGGUUUGUCAACAUGUCAGAUUUCCAGAGACGUUUUGCUUCUCGCGCGGCUGACGGCACCUACUACUUUACCAAUGUCCGGACCGGUUUGGUCAUUGGUAUUUUUAACGCUGGCUGUGCCAUCGGCGCCUUUAUCAUCCCUAAAGCCGGUGACUUGUGGGGGCGCAGAGUGGGGAUCAUGAUCGCCAUGAUCAUCUACAUCUGUGGCCUUAUCGUGCAAAUCGCCUCCCAGUACGCCUGGUACCAGUACAUGAUUGGUAGAAUCAUCACCGGUAUCGCUGUCGGCGCCCUUUCGGUGCUCUGUCCGCUUUUCAUUUCGGAAACCUCACCAAAGAAAAUUAGAGGUACGUUGGUUGUGUGCUUCCAAUUGAUGAUCACGUUAGGUAUCUUCAUCGGCUACUGUGUCGUCUACCGUACCCGUCACUACGACAACUCGAGACAGUGGAGAAUCCCCGUUGGGUUGUGUUUCGCGUGGGCGCUCUUCCUUUUGAUCGGGAUGGUUCCCAUGCCCGAAUCGCCCCGGUACCUCGUGUCGAAGGGCUACAUUGAAAGAGCCAAGAAGUCGAUCGCCAAGUCGAACAAGGUGUCACCGGAACACCCCGCGGUGUACUCGGAAAUCGCCCUUAUCCAGACCGGUAUCGACAGAGAACUGUCGGAAGGCGGCAACGUGUGGAAGGAGCUCUUCACCGGUAAGCCCAAGAUCUUCUACCGGUUGUUCUUGGGGAUCAUGUUGCAAUCGCUCCAACAAUUGACCGGUGACAACUACUACUUCUACUAUGGUACCACCAUUUUCAAGGCCGCCCACAUCGAUUCGUUCAAGGCGUCGAUCAUUCUUGGUGUCGUCAACUUUGGCUUUACCUUCGUCGGGAUCUACGUCAUCGACAAGUUUGGCCGUCGGCGGUGUUUGCUUGUUGGUUCCACCGGGAUGUCGAUCUUCAUGCUUAUCUACACCCUUGUCGGGUCGCAGUCGUUGUACUUGCACGGGCAACACGGUCCCACCGAUAAGUCUUCUGGUGAUGCGUUGAUCUUUGUGUCGGUGAUGUUCAUCGCCUUCUUCGCCUCGACCUGGGCCGGUGGCUGUUACGCCAUUGUCUCCGAGUUGUACCCGCUGAGAGUGCGUACCCCCGCCAUGGCCAUCGCCACCCUCCUGAACUGGAUCUGGGGUUUCUUGAUCUCGUUCUUCACGUCGUUCAUCACCACCGCCAUCGGGUUCUACCUCGGGUUCGUCUUCUUCGGGUGCUUGCUCUUCUCGAUCCCCUUUGUCUACUUCUGCGUGCUGGAAACCAAGGGGUUGUCGUUGGAAGAGGUCGACUUGAUGUACUACGAAAACGUGUUGCCGUGGAAGUCGUCGAAGUGGGUGCCUCCCACCAAGGCCGAGCAGAAGGCGGCGACGCUGUGGGCCGCCCACGACGCCGUCUCGUCGCGGGGAUCCCGCCGCGGGUCGUUCGUGUCCCGCAACACCUCCAACGCUUAA